AUGGCGCCCCCCUCAACCCCGUUGCAUGGCUACAGACCGGACGAGACGUCGGUGCAAGAUCUAUUGGACACAUUGAAGCUCCUGAUUCUUGCUCUCUGGGCACGAACUCCGAGACGAAUUCGUCUGGCUGGGGGAUUUGUCCUUUUGUUUAUCACAACCAUCUGGUUUUCUCUGCCAACGAUAAGAACGGCAGACUAUCCAGAUGUACCACGGCUUCACUUUGACUAUCAUGAGCCCCCCGCAUCGCCAUACAAUGCCAGCAAAGUGGCGCUGCUCAUUGAGAACCGAGCCAAUCCCAUCCUGGCACCUCUGAUGCUGCAUUUCAUGUCAGUCGUCCCGCCCGACUGGAGAUUCCGCUUCAUGGGCUCGACAGAGUCGGUGGCCCACAUCAACAAGUCAGUCGCCAUUCGGGAGCAGGUGAACAAUGGCAAGCUCGACUUGACCUACAUUCCCACCAACAUGAGCACGGCCGGCCAGGAGAUGAUUAGCCGCUUCUUGACCACGCUCUGGCUCUACGAGGUGGUUCUUCAGCCUGCCGAAUGGCUGCUUGUAUUCCAGACCGACAGCAUCCUCUGCGCCAACAGUCGCCAGAAUAUUAAUGAUUACCUCGAAUACGACUGGAUUGGCGCACCCUGGAACCCCAGCGGCCGGUAUGGCGGGAACGGAGGUCUGUCCCUCCGCCGCGUGAGCGCCAUGAUCGAGGUGCUCCGAGACCAGGUGCGGGCAGAUGGCUCCGAGCCCGAGGACGUGUGGCUGGCGGAGCGACUGGCCCAUCGCCACGGCGCCCGCAUGGCCAAUGGCACCACGUCCCUGACCUUUAGCGGCGAGAUGCACCGGGGCGAGGCCACCAACAUCGACCAAGAUGUAGCGUCCAAGUACAACAGCACCUUUGACGCUGCGGUGCAUGGCGAGUUCAUCGAGGGCAUCGACGACUGGCGCAAGGGUUUCUAUGAGCCCAUGGGCUACCACACGGGUGGCAGCGGAAGUAUGCUCCACAGUGGGAUCUGGGGCACGCCAGAGUAUCGCAAGCACAUUUGGGACUACUGUCCAGAAGUAAAGAUGACGCUUUUCAUGGAUGCCGCCAAAUUCGUACCAGGAAGCUGCCACACGAAUUGGAAGCGUGACAUGACUAGUUGGGAGAACGCUGAGUUUGAAGAGGGCGCAGUUCCCUCUACUCAGGAUGCUGACGAAACCGGAUAUGAUACCGAGGUUAUUGACGGUAUCGAAUACCCAAUGCUGCCGUCAGGUUUGGUGCCAUGGUAG